UACUCAGAAAGAGCCCUUUGUCUGCUAGGAAGAAUGUCAGAUUCCAACCUCAGUGAUAACCAUCUUCCAGACACCUUCUUCUUGACAGGGAUCCCAGGGCUGGAGGCUGCCCACUUCUGGAUUGCCAUCCCUUUUUGUGUCAUGUAUCUUGUAGCAUUGGCUGGAAAUGCUGCCCUCAUCCUGGUCAUUGUCAGGGACCAUGCUCUUCAUGCGCCCAUGUACCUCUUCCUCUGCCUUCUCUCACUCACGGACCUGGCUCUGAGUUCUACCACUGUGCCCAAGAUGCUGGCCAUUUUAUGGCUUCAUGCUGGUGAGAUUUCCUUUGGUGGAUGCCUGGCCCAGAUGUUUUGUGUCCAUUCUAUCUAUGCUCUGGAGUCCUCGAUUCUACUUGCCAUGGCCUUUGAUAGAUAUGUGGCUAUCUGUAACCCAUUAAGGUACACAGCCAUUCUCAACCAUGCUGUCAUAGGCAGAAUUGGCUUUGUUGGGAUAUUCCGUAGCAUGGCAAUUGUCUCUCCCUUCAUCUUCUUGCUGAGGCGACUCCCCUACUGUGGUCACCAUGUCAUGACACACACAUACUGUGAGCACAUGGGCAUUGCCCGACUGGCCUGUGCCAGUAUCACUGUCAAUGUUGUCUAUGGGCUGACUGUGGCUCUGCUGGCCAUGGGACUGGAUUCUGUUCUCAUUGCCAUCUCCUAUGGCUUUAUCCUCCAUGCAGUCUUUCAUCUGCCAUCUCAUGAUGCCCAGCACAAGGCUCUGAGUACCUGUGGCUCCCACAUUGGUGUCAUCCUGGUUUUCUACAUCCCUGCCUUCUUCUCCUUCCUCACACACCGCUUUGGUCACCACCAAGUCCCCAAGCAUGUGCACAUCUUUCUGGCUAAUCUCUAUGUGCUGGUGCCUCCUGUACUCAAUCCUAUUAUCUAUGGAGCUAGAACCAAGGAGAUUCGGAGUCGACUUCUAAAACUACUUCACCUGGGAAAGACCUCAAUAUGAAUUCUGAGCAGAAGUUGGAGAUUAAAAAAAAAUGUAUAGAAUAGCUGUCUAGUACAUUUACAUGGACACACACCGAUGAUGUGAAUGAAAUGGUUUUACAUGGCAGGGAGCUCUGGAAGGAAGAGGAAUAGCCAGAUGAAUUGGAGCUAUCAAUGAUCACAUUGAACAUACUAUUUUUCUGAGGCUCCUUGGGAGACUGAAUAACCCAGAAAGGUGAUCAUGUUCUCACACUUGUCUCAAAAGUGUCUAUGACUUAUUGAGGAGGAAGUCAAUUCCUGGUCUUCAGGAAUAGGGUUAAGCUCAGAGUUAUUUGGUUAAUAAAUCUUAAAUUUAUAAAGGUAUGCUAGGAUUUAUCUGCAUGACUUACUCUGCAGUGUUUAUUUGCUUUUGAAUUGAUUGAUUGAUUACCAUUCUAAUACUUCAUCAGAGUGGGCAUUUCAUCUGUGCCUUGCACAUAAUAAGCACUCAAUAAAA